AUGAUUUACCUGGCUCACACAGCUCACUGGCAGUUCCUGGGACUGAUUACCGGCUUCCUGGCGUGGAUCCUCACUAUGGCCACAGCCGGCCUUAACGAGUGGCGACUAUGGUAUGUGGCCAAUGUGCCUGUCAUCACCUCGGGCAUGGCCUGGGUGGGUAUCUGGAGGACAUGUUUCUACAGCCACGCCUUUCCCGGUACAGAGAACUGUCAUAGCAUCAGCAUCUCAGACACCUUUGUUCCUGUUGAGAUCCCUGUAGCUCAGGUGCUGAUGUUGCUGGCGAUAAUCUGUGGCUUAGCAGGGAACAUCAGUGCAGCUGUGGCCAUGAGGAUGGUCUACUUCUCUCUGGAGGAUCGCAGGAAUAUUAGGCUGGUGUUUGUGUUGGCAGGGAGCUUGUAUUUGCUCACAGGGAUCUUUUCCUUGGUGCCGUUGGUGUGGAACAUGACUUCUGUGCUGAACAACAGCACCAUAGACUUUCCUCCUGAGUUUUACCUCCCUGCAGCUCCUGUCAGACAGCAGGUUGGCUCAGCCAUCGGAGUGGGAAUGGUUGCCUCUAUCCUGAUGCUCAUAAGUGGCCUCGUCUUCCUUUCUUACAGGUACACUUGGCAUAUCCUGACUUCAGAGGUCCCCCGACACACCAGGGACCCACUACACAGUCCCCGGCAAAUAACUACACUGGCACAAAAGUUUGAUUUGCCAAAUGGAGACAGCCAGGGCAGAGAUAAUGCUGCAUUCUACACUGAAGAUGAAGGAAAACCCUAA